AGAGAGAGUGGAAUUCUGGCGGAGACAGAAGAUGGAAGGAGGCUUUGAAAGGUAGUUUGAAGGGGGGGCAGGUGAGAGUCUGUUGAGACCGGUGGGUUCUAGAAGGUGGCACGAGGGGGGGGGGGUCUGGAGCCGAGCUGGACACAGCCACCAUUUCUUCGAGAAUGUGGCCGUUUAACGCAGCAAGAAGGGGCUCUCUACAAACCUGGAAGCAGGAUGAUUCCCUUGCUUCAGGACACAAGAAACUCCUGAGGCGCCCGAACAUGAAGGAGGCUGUAGGAGCACAACCUCUGGAGAUUGUGGGCCGUGGUUUCGGGAGGCAGCAGCAGCCCAGCGGUGAAGGAAAACCCGGGAAAAUCCAGAGGCAGGAGGCCUGCAAGAAUGAGGCUCCAGCGCCUGCUCCUGGGACGAACAUCGACAAACCAUCGUGGCGGUUCCCGGCGGUUCCCGAUCCUUGCCUGCCUCACCCUCCCGCCGUCCCCCGUGCGGGGAUGGCUCCUUCCUGGCCGUACGUGGCACAGAAGCAGCAGCCACGGUUUCCCCCCAUUAGGAACACCUCAAGGGUGAUUCCGGAGCCGGGGGAGACUUUGGCUGCUGCCUCUGUGCCGGACCGGUCGGGGAGGAGCACAGACUCCCGCAUGGAGGAAUUCAGGGUGGGGCAGUUAAUUAGAUCAGCAAGGAGAAGGUUCCGCUUGGCAGCCGCCGCGUCCCAGGAGGGCCUGGAGCCGAGACAACGGCCUCUCGCCUCACAGGGUAAGGCUGGUUCACCGCUGGGGCUGCUGCCGAAGCCCCCUCCCCGCAAAUAAUGCAGGCCACGUUGUGUAUGCAACCGCCUGUACAUGAAAGCCCGCCCCUUCUCCGACGGCCUGGCCGAGGACAUCGACAAAGGCGACGUCUCCGCCCGCCAGGAGCUGAAGACAC